CAUGAAUAUGGAUUAUCAUAAUCAGUUUCCUCAACAACCAUCAAACACACAGGUUUACGUACAACCGACUAAUCAGCAUGUUAUAGCAAAUCCUUCUACUUCAAUGAAUCCAGUACAACAAAUCCCUCAAAAUUAUUCUCAACAAAAUCCAAUGGGUUUUAAUCAGACGACGUCUUUUCAAAAUAUAAAUUAUCCGAAUGUGACACCUCAAGCAUCUUUACCGUCGAAACAUGAGAACAUGAACAUGGAAACAACAACUACUCAAGCAAUCGUAAGAUCUGUAACUUCAACCUCGUCAACACAUUCUCAACAAUUGCCUACGAAGAUUGCUCAGAAUGUGACUAGCAAAGAAGGUCAACUGUCUAAUUACACAAAUAUGGAAUUUGGAUCUAUUUCCAAACAAUUAGCGCAAGAAUUUGCUGGGGGUGUUAAUUUAAGUCAGUCUAUGUAUGAAUACCGUCAAACGUAUGAUCAACAUCUGUAUUCUCAAGCCCUACCAAAUCAAAAUCCUCUGCAUCAGACAUCAAGUCAAGGAACAAUUCAAUCCAAUAUUAUUCCAUCGGCUGGAACAAUAGCACCAAUCACCACUCCCCAAACUCACAAUCUUCAACAACAACAACAGCCUCUUGCAUCCAAACCAACAGCAUUAGAACAGCAAGAGAACAAAAAAUCUUUUACUCCUGUUUUUGAACCUCUUCCUCUAAGAGAGAGAGGAUCGUCAGAGCCCAGAGAAAUUCCUACACCAACUAUUACACCUUCGGUACAAACUCCUAGUUUUGAGAGAAGACUUUCAACAGCUUCAUCCUUGGACGAUAUACUUUCAGCUAGUCCUACAAAUGAAAUAGAGAAAAUUCUAAAGCCAUAUUGCAUAACGGAGGAAGAACGAGAAAAACAAAGAGAAGAAGAAGCUCGCAAGCAGGAAUUACCAAAGUUGGAUCCAUAUGUUGAUAAAUCACUUGUUCAGAAGUUGGCAAGUGACGUUGAAUCCCUCGAAAAAUUUUAUGAAUCUUUAGAAACUCCGACGUUAAGUGGAUCGACUGUUUUAGAUAGGGAAUGGAAAGAGUUAAUGGAUAGUCAAGAACGAACAGCUAAAGAAUUUAAAAUGGCUGUAGCAAGAUGCUAUCCAUUGAAAAAUCGUUUUCAAGACAUUAUGCCAUACGAUGAGACAAGAUUCGUUAUCAAAAACGCUCUGGACGAUUACAUAAAUGCGAGUAAUCUGGGAGCCAUAGGUAUUGGAUGCCCUAGAAUUGUAGCAACUCAAGCACCACUUAAUGCUACUAUUAAGGAUUUCUGGACAAUGGUACUAGAAUGUGGAUGCGAGGUUAUCGUUCAAUUGAACACUAACGGAAUAGAAAGUGGUCAAAAAAAUCCCUUAUAUUUACCUGAAUCAAAAGGUCAAAAAAUAAACUUUGGCUCAAUUCUAAUAACUGUUCAUGCUGUGGCUGAAAUGGAAAAUGCAACGUGGGUUCGAAGAGUAUUGAAUGUUUGUAAUACAGAAACGAGACAAAGCCUUUCUAUCACUCAUUUUCAUUUUACUAACUGGCCGGCAGGUGGCCAGCCAUCUUCUAGCUCCUCUCUUAUAAACUUUAUUCAAAAUGUUCACGAGUUCUACAUGCAGCAAAGGAGCCUCCUAAAGCCUAUAAUUGUUCAUUGUAGUACAGGAUGCGGUCGAACUGGAGUUUUUUGUACUAUCUACUCAGCAAUUAUACAAUUAAAUAAGGGCAAUGGGUUGUUGAAUGUUAACGAAUUUGUAACUAAUUUAAGAUCAAAGAGGAAGUAUAUGGUUGAAAAGAGGGAACAUUUGAAGUUUAUUUACAAAGUAAUCUUGGAAUUUUCAACGGACAUUUUAAAAAAGAAUGGAAUACUGUUACAUCAUUCCUUUAAGAAGUUAUCAGCUGCGAAUGCUAGAUGCCCAUCAAAAUCAUUGGAUGAAACAAUUGAAACGGCUAUCGGUCAAUCAACUUCGCAAUUUAUUCCUCAACAGCCGACUGCAACCCUAGUAGAAACUGUGACACAAACAAAAAGUCAAUCAACUCCAGGACAGAUGACUGAAAAUUUUGAAAAUAAAAAUGGUGAAACAACUGUAACCAACCCUCAACCGGAAAACAAUACAAUGAAAACAACGUUUGCAACAGCUUCAACACAACCAGCAGAAUUUAACAAGCUAACAGAUUUGGAAAAUCCAGAUAAUUUCUCAUUGAACAGUCAAAAUCAGAAGAGAAUAACAAAAAAGAAUUUUAUUUCCUCUAAAGGAACUUUAAACGAACCUGCCCAUUCUAACCCUGAGGAUCCGUUAAAUUCAUUAGAUCCUUUAUGGACUCUGAAAGGCUCUAAAUCAAUCCGUUUUUUAAUUGUUCUUAUGGGAUCACUAGCUAUCUUCAAUCUUCAUGUUAGCAGGAAUAUACUCAGCUUCACAAUAGUUUAUAUGGUUCGAGAGAAAGUAAGCAACAUUCAUGAAGGACUUUCUUGUUCAAAUCAGACUAGUUUCAACGGCACGAACUAUAGAGGAGAGUUUGAUUGGCCAAAGAAUAUUCAAGGAUUAGUAAUGGGAUCAUUUUUCUGGGGAUAUUGCAUACUUCAAUUUCCAAGCGGAAUUAUUGCUUCAAAAUAUGGUAGUCGUAAUGUUAUGGGAAUACCUUUGUUCAUAACAUCAAUUCUUACUUUAUUCAUUCCUGUUCUCACAAGAGCUUAUGGCUACAAGAUACUUAUUAGUCUAAGAUUCUUCAUAGGACUCCUCCUUGGCGUAACUCAUCCGGCUGUGCAAGCUCUGUUCGGAUAUUGGGUUCUGCCUGAUGAAAGAUCAAAAUCAAUCGGUAUUAGCUAUUCGUUUGCGGCAUUGGGAAAUUUAUUGACUGUCGCAGUUGCUGCACCGCUCUGUCAGGUCAGCUACGACAAUGGAUGGCCUUUAGUAUAUUAUGUUUACGGCUUUUUUGGAAUGUUUAUUUCGUGUCUUUGGGUAUGCCUGGUUACCGAUACACCGAAUAAUAACAAAUUCAUAUCAAUUGAAGAAAUUGAAUAUAUUAAGAUAAGACUUGAAGGCCAAGUUGAUGACAGCAAAAUUAGAAAAAUACUUAUUGUGCCAUGGAAAUCUAUACUUUCUUCCUUUCCAUUCUGGGCGAUAUUAAUACUAAUAGUCUCCUCUGAUUGGGUCAAAUAUCUUUUUGAGCUUACUAUACCAACCUUUCUUGCCAACGAAACCAACCUCGAUACACUUGCGCACAGCGUUGUUUCGUCCCUACCCUUUGUAUCAGAGUUUAUAAUUGUCUUAGUAUUCUCCUUCUUGGGAGACUUGCUAGGAUCAGAAAUUAGCACAACGAGUUCCAGAAAACUUAUCAGUGGAUCAGGUUUAUUCAUCUCUGCGGCAACAUGUAUUGGUAUAACUUUCAUUACAUGCACUACUCCAAACUACGUAAUCGGAUUUAUUAUAAUCGGUGCUGGUUCGAUUGGGUUAGGAGUCAGUACAAAUUUCAUCAAUGCAGUAGAUAUUGCUCCUUCAUACGCCGGAGUUAUUUCGGGUAUAACUAACACAAUCAGCACUCUUGUUGCAGGACUUGGAAUGCCUCUGCUAGUAGGAUAUGAGACGGCAUCUUUGGAAGAAUGGAAAAUUAUCUUUUUUCUUGGAGCGUCUAUCGCCUUAUUCGGAAUGAUUUUUUACUGUAUAUUUUCCAAAGCUACUAUACAAGAGUGGGCGAAAAAGUCUUGUGAAGCUAAUGAAACGACAGCCUUAACACCGAAAUGA